AUGAAGGCCUUCACCCGUCUAGUAAGGCCUUACCAGGCACACCACACACUCCGAAAGACCGUGAAUCCAAGCCCAAAGGCCCCUCGAACCACACCACCGUCACCACCAAACUCAGCCCCCAGACGACCAUUCAGCCAGUCCGCAAGGCGCCACGGCAAGCCCCAGCCGGCCGACGACCCGAACUUCACGUCGAUCCUCGACAAUCCGCCGAACCUGGUGCGCGCGGGGCGGCGCCACGGCCCGGGGCUGAUCAUCUUGGCCGUCAUCCCGGUGACGGCGUUCGCGCUGGGGUGCUGGCAGGUGCAGCGGCUGCAGUGGAAGACGGACCUGAUCGCCAAGUGCGAGGACCGCCUGUUCCGCGAGCCGCUGCCGCUGCCGCCCCGCGUCGACCCGGACGCCGUCGCCGAGGACUUCGACUACCGCCGCGUCUACUGCUCCGGCACGCUGCGCCACGACCGCGAGAUGCUCAUCGGCCCGCGCAUGCGCGACGGCGAGCAGGGGUUCAUGGUCGUCACGCCGCUCGAGAGGGCCGACGGCAGCACGGUGCUGGUCAACAGGGGUUGGAUCCCCAAGAGGCUGAGGGACCAGCCCGCAAGGGCGAGGGACAGCCUGCCUACAGGUGAAGUGGUGGUUGAGGGCCUGUUGAGGAAGCCGUGGAAGAAGAACAUGUUCACGCCAGAGAACAGGCCGGACAAGGGGGAGUUCUACUUCCCAGACGUGAAGCAGAUGGCUGAGCUGACGGGGUCCCAGCCCGUGUGGAUUGAAGCCACCAUGGACCCCAACUACAUGGAGCUCCUGGAGUACGAGCAAAAGGGUAUUCCAAUCGGAAGACCCGCUGAGGUGAACCUGAGGAACAACCACGCCCAGUAUAUCUUCACCUGGUACAGCUUGUCCCUCGCCACCUCCAUCAUGUUGUGGAUGGUCAUCAGGAAGCCGCCUUCAGACAUCUCCAAGCGCGUUCGUAUGAACAAGCACUGGUGA